GUGGUACGGACAGGACCACACGUGCGAGGACUACCACCCCGUGGGCUCGCACUCCUGCCGCAUCCCCCGCGACCUGGCCCUCUUCACCCCCUACGAGAUCUGGGUGGAGGCCUCCAACCGCCUGGGCUCGGCCCGCUCGGACGUGCUCACCUUGGACAUUCUGGACGUGGUGACCACUGACCCCCCACCCGACGUGCAUGUGAGCCGCGUGGGGGGCCUGGAGGACCAGCUGAGCGUGCGCUGGGUGUCUCCGCCUGCCCUCAAGGACUUCCUCUUCCAAGCCAAGUACCAGAUCCGCUACCGCGUGGAGGACAGCGUGGACUGGAAGGUGGUCGAUGAUGUCAGCAACCAGACCUCCUGCCGUCUGGCUGGUCUGAAACCCGGCACAGUGUAUUUCGUGCAAGUCCGCUGCAACCCGUUUGGCAUUUACGGCUCCAAGAAAGCUGGGAUCUGGAGCGAGUGGAGCCACGCCACCGCAGCCUCCACCCCCCGGAGCGGGAGCGCCCCCUUUUCUCCCGUGAAUCUGCACCCCGCCAAGGCCACACAGGAGUGGGAACUGUGCUGUCCAGGGUCACGCGACAGGAGCUGGAGGAACUGA